AUGCCUAUCUCAACUGCUCUCCGCCCCCCGCUUGAGGAGAAAAGUGUGGACAACAAUGGACCCCUUGUAUCGAUUUUUACGUUUAUCCCUUUUUCUGUCACACUUAUCGUAGUCAUCAUCAAGACUUGGUCCAUGGUAUAUCUAAAGCGGGUAGUGCUCUCGGUUGAUAUUCCGAUAUGGGCCGGCACAAUAGUUGCGCUCGUGCAAAGCCUUCUGAUACAAUUUGCCGUGGAUCAUGGAAUGGGAAGGCAUCUUGAAGACCUCUUGAGUACUACGUUCCAUACGUACAACAAGUUCGACUCAAAACUCGCCUUGCGCUUAUUGGCGGAUGGACAAUACUGGCAGUCUUUGGCUACGUGUUCCAAUGCCAAACGCCACGUUGGCAAUAUUUCCCUAGUCACUGCCUUGGAGAGCGCUUGUGGUUCUACCAACAAUAAUGCUCUGGAAUGUCCAAAUGCCGUUGCCUCGUCGCCUGAAGAUCAUCUCAACAUUCGCGUCUCGGAUUUUGUGAGUCUCCUAAGCACCCAAGCGGCAUGUAAGCAGUUGAACUACAACUGA